CGGCUCAUAAAUCAUUCAUGAACCGGGGCCAGGCGAGCGGGCGGCGAGGGGAGGGGGCGGGGACAGCGCCACAAGGCGGGAGCAGGAGUCCGGCGCACCGCAGCGGUGGCGGCAGCGGAGACGCACAGGAUGCUGCUGUGAGUGACUGGCCCCUCUGAAGAAGGCUCUUCUGCACCCUUUGCUGCAUGCCAGCCCAGCCAGACCACAGAGGAUUCCGCCUAGCCGUUCCCAGCACACCUCUACUGCCCAGGGACGCCGCCUCCUUUCCGGAAGCUUCCAGAACCUCUGAAACAAGAGGAACCCAGUUCUACCUCAUGUUUUGGGGAGCUUGCUAGCUAUGGCUCUUAUCCUUGGCUGCCUACUGCUGCUGGGGCUGGGUGGGAAGACCAUUUCAGCAGGCAAGACCGUUCCAGCAGGGCCACCUUCAUCGGCACAGACUCCUGAUGGUUUGCAUUUUGACUUGCCUGUGGUGAACUAUGAGACCAGUGGCUCCCCUAGUACAGGAUCCAUUGGAGUUCUCUUUCGAAUGGUGCACAACUUUCUCCAUGUUGUCCAGCCCCAUGAUUUUCCUGAAGACACUGUUAGAAAAAUUAUACAGAAGAAGUUUGACCCCUUGGAGGAUUAUGAGGAGGUGGUCCACUAUGAGAUCGGGCUCAUUGUCUGUGCCGUGCUGGGCCUGCUGUUUGUUAUCCUGAUGCCCUUGGUGGGGUGUUGCUUUUGUAUGUGUCGCUGCUGUAACCACUGUGGUGGCGAAAUGCACCAGAGACAGAAGAAAAAUGGGCCCUACCUGAAGAAAUGCUUUGCCAUCUCCCUCUUGGUGAUUUGUAUAUUGAUAAGCAUCGGCAUCAUCUAUGGUUUUGUGGCAAACCACCACCUCAGGACGAAGAUUAGAAGGACUCAGAAACUAGCCGACAGCAAUUUGAAAGACUUAAGAACGUUCCUGAAUGAAACACCAGCGCAAAUCGACUAUAUAUUGAGCCAGUACAACACCACCAGGGAAAGGGCAGUCUUGGAUCUGAACAAUAUUAAACUGUUGCUAGGAGAUGGAAUUCAUACUCGACUAAAACCUAACGUGAUCCCUGUUCUUGAUGACAUCAAGGCCAUGGCAACAGCCAUCAAAGAGACCAAAGAGUCCCUGGAGAAGGUGAAUAGCAGCUUGGAGGAUCUGAAAAGUGGGUCUGCACGUCUGAACACUAGCCUGAGCAAUGUCAAGGCUGAACUGGAGGACGCGCUCAAUGACCCCAUGUGCUCCGAACAGAUGGUGACUGCAACCUGCAACGAUAUCAGACAGUCUCUUGGCCAGCUGGAUAUUAACAUCAACCUUGAUCAGCUCCCACCUGUGCAUGAUCAACUUAACAGUGUUAACCAAGUCCUCAAAACAAAUUUGACUGACCUGGUCGAACGGGGCUAUAAGUCUUUUAAUGAUAUACCUGAGAUGGUGCAAAACCAAACCAAGAACAUCGUAUCAGACGUCAAAAGGGUCUUGGAUUCCGUCGGUUCGAAUAUCUCAAAUGUAACCAAUCAGGUCCCUAUUCAGGAUACAUUAUCAAAUUUCAUGGGUUAUAUUAAUGAUACCGAAACGUCUAUCAACCAUGGUUUGCUCACAUUGGAAAAAUAUGAAUCAUACAGGUGGCUGGGCUGCUUGGCUGUCUGCUGCUUGCUGACUCUUAUUGUGAUUUUUUAUUACCUGGGAUUACUGUGUGGCACUUGUGGCUAUAGCAAGAAUGCCACUCCUACCAGCAGGGGCUGUGUCUCUAACACCGGAGGCAUCUUCCUCAUGGCCGGAGUUGGAAUAAGCUUCCUUUUUUGCUGGAUCUUGAUGAUCAUUGUGGCUCUUACUUUUUUCAUUGGUGGGAAUGUUGAAAAGUUAGUCUGUGAACCCUAUGAAAACAGAAAGUUAUUCCAGAUUUUGGACACGCCGUACUUACUAAAUGAGGAAUGGCAGUACUAUCUUUCUGGCUUGAUAUUUCAGAAACCGGAUAUCAAUCUCACUUUUGAGAAAGUUUACAGUGAUUGCAAAGAAAACAAAGGCAUUUAUACCUCACUUCAGCUUGAGAACCGCUUCAAUGUCAGUGAGCGUCUCAACAUUCAAGAGUACACCCAAGACAUAAACAAUGAAUUUGAACAUAUGAACAUAAACCUUGACAAUAUAGUUCUGCUGGAUGACACAGGAAAACAAAACCUGAAGGAUUUUGGUGCUGUGGGAUUAGACCAAAUGAAUUAUACAACUUACUUGGUGGAGGUCAGUAAAAGCCUCACAAAAGUGAAUCUUGUAUCAUUUGCUGAUAAGCUAGUUGCGACAGCAAAUCCUUUGCCCCCAGGAAAUUUGAAAACAUCCCUGAAUGUUCAGGCCCAAAAUAUUAAAAGAAUUCACCAACAGGAAGUUAUCCCUUUGGAACAAUCGAUGAGUACUUUAAACCAAAGCAUCCGGGCACUUCAGCGCACCAGCAAUGGAUUAAUGGAAAAAGUGAGCGAGAUCAUUCUCUCUUUGGAUUCUGCUCAAGCCUUCAUCAGAUAUAAUAUUUCUUCUGUAAUUAUUGAAGAAAGCAAGGCAUAUGUGAAUACCAUCAUAGGGUACUUCGAACAUUACAUACAGUGGGUCAAAGACUCUAUCACUGACAAAAUCGCAGCCUGCAAACCCGUGGCCACCGCUUUAGAUUCUGCUGUUGACGUCUUUCUGUGCAGCUACAUUGUGGACCCUUUGAACUUGUUUUGGUUUGGCAUAGGAAAAGCCACCGUCUUUCUACUUCCGGCUCUCAUCUUUGCUGUCAAGCUGGCCAAGUACUACCGUCGAAUGGAUUCGGAGGAUGUGUACGAUGACACUAUGGAACAUUGAUAGCUGAUGUUGAAAUUGCUUGAGCAUCAAGACACCCAAAGUGGAAGGAUCACAGACUUCUGGUAGUUUCUGGGCCAAAGAGCACUUUCCAAAUCCUGGAGGACCUCUGGUGGCUGACCCAGCAACUCCAACAGGCACGAGGAGACACCUUUGGAAAUGAUGCCGCUCAUCACGCCGCUCACCUCUGGGUAGUGCUUUGUUAGGAACGAACACACUCCAAGAGCCCUAGUGUCCAUCACUGGUCAAGGAAAAUUCCAGCACCGCUGCACCCCACCCUCAUUUUUUGUGUUAUUUUGUGUGUGUGUGUGUUUUUUUACUUUUUUACACUGGGUUGGUUUCUCUUUUGACACUACAACGUAUGGGGUUUUCCCAUUUGAUGCAUUUAUGCGUCAAACAGCUCUUCAGAUGUCAUGGCUCAGCUUUUAACAUACUGUUGUCUGAGGUGUGGGUUCCACAUAUACCAGUUUACAGGAAAGAUGCCUUUGGUGUCUGUAAAUUUUGUAUUUCUCUGUUAGCACGCACAACCGAAGUGUUUUAAACAAAUGAGCAUUGAUGAUUUACUUCCUAAGUGAGCUUACCACCAGGUCAGCGUUGACUUUUUGCUGCUGCUGAAAAUAAUCUAUAUGCACUAAAAAAAAAAAAAAAAUGUGAAAACUACAGCAAAUCCUUUCCCUCCAGUGACUUACUUUUUCAAUAACUUAUGUUCAGUUUGGAAAUAGAAUGCAAAGCCAGU